AUGUCACAUUACGAUGCAAUGCACUUUUUCAUCUACGCCACAUAUCAACGACCAAACCCAGGGGCUCUAAGGAGGUUGAGCGCACUUUCGAAAGCCUUCACCACGCUGAUGUCUGCGCAAAGUCAGGAACUGUUCCAAAUACGGGGGUUUUACAGUGCAGAGGAUGAUCAUCUUACAAUGAUUGCGUGUCGUCUCCAAUGUAUCCUCCGAGUGUCCGAUGCAUUUCAUAUUGUACUCAUCUUCCGCCAUACCGAUGAUACGUUCGCCCUGUCUCAUGCGCGUGUCCAGACUCUGCCCAUAUGCGGAAAUACUAUAUUCGGUGUCAAUACAGUUCACAUGUGUGUCGACGCGAAGCAGUCAUCCCAAUCAAAAUCAGAGAUUGGAUCCGCUGGACCGUUGUCGAUUGACUCGUCCUCGCUGUUGACAUCAGAUUGCUCCUCACCUGUAUCAUCAUCUCGCUGCUGGGCUGAUGGCGGACGCGCUGUGUCAUCGGAGUUCAUUCGCUUGUGGGCCGGUCGCGAGGCUUCCGCGUCCUUGGUCGCUGGCGGCUCAGACUUCGCAGAAGGUUUAUCCUCCAUGGCAGGUAGCUGGGACGCGGCUUGGGUCAGUACCGGAGGUGAUGAGCGAAUCUCUGACGGAAGGUCAAGUGGUAAAGACGAUUCAAACGCGUUGCCUGGGCUGCUCAUUGGCGAUGAUGAGGAUGCACGGGGUCAGUGCUGUAGGUUAAUGAUCAGCAGCGAUACCAGCAACCUCUCCGCAUCAGGGAGGGCUCUCGACGCGUCCGUCUCUUCUCGAUGGAUACCCGCAAACCUCCACGGCAACGCACCCUCACCAUGGGCUCGCUGUACCUUCCAGCCCUACUACUUUACGGAAUACCGGGCGGCGAGAAUACCUAACCUUUCCGAUAGGAUGGAGUGCGACAUUUGUGGCAAGGCCGGCGACGUAGGCCACGGCCUCCACUGUAUCACUUGUGCCCGCUCCCACCUAGAACAACCCCGCAUCGACCUUGCGCGCAUACUGAUAGACCGCGAUGCUGUCGAGAAGCAUGUCAACGCGGUCGUCCAGGGCUCCGAGGACGAGGCAGUGCAGCACGUUUCUCUGACCGACUCCAAGGGCGGCCUGCUUGUCGAUCGACAUGAGUGUACCAACAACCUGAACUGGCAGCGUACCAAGGCCGAGACCGCAGUCAUACGAGAACGCCUCGAGUGUAUAGCCGCGCAGGCAGCCCAGCUUCGAAACCAAAUGGAGGCUACGAGGAGGCAGAUCGAGGCCAAGCGCGCGGAGACUGCGCAACGCAAGUCCGACUUCUCUUCUGCGACAUAUGGCAUUGAGUCACGCCGCGCCAACGAACUAGACAAGGUCCAGCAGCAUGUGAAGAAGCUAGAAUACAGAUCAGAGAAGAUGCACCAUGACACGGUGGAGUUGCGCAUGCAGCUUUGCACGACCUCUGCCAAACUGGCGGGCCUCAAGCUCACUAAGCGAAAAACGAGGGACGGAGGUUACAAAGAAGUCUUCAGUAUUGGGCCGGGCACACGUCUGCGAAUCUGGGAUUUGAGAGAGUUGAAUGAUGCUCCGCCAGACGGGCUUUCGGCAUCACUGGCUGCAGUAGCCCAACUGCUUGUCCGAGUUGCUGCUUAUCUAGGCAUCCGCCUUCCUGCUGAGAUCACACUACCUCAUAGUGAUUACCCACAACCCACCAUAUUCAGCCCGGCCUCGUCGUAUCAAGGCAAGAAAGUGCCAUUUCCUGGCUCGACACCCUCGCACUCCUCGACGGCAAGCCCAGAAGCUUCCCGUACACUUGAUCCACGCGUACAUCUACCGAAGCCCCGGACACUGUUUGUUGAUCGUCCUUUGGGUCAUCUUUCCGCCGAAGACCCGUUAGCGUACUCAUCCUUUAUGGAGGGUGUUUCCUUGCUCGCCUAUAACAUCGCUUGGCUGUGCCGAAGUCAGGGCAUGAAAGACAGUUUUAAGCAGUGGGAAGAUGUCUGUCCUGUAGGCCGCAACCUGUACCGUCUUCUUAUCGCCCAGGAAAGCUAUCUCCCGCAACGACUGGAGAAUCCACUGCACAAGGAUCUGACGACGAGCAAAUCAUCAAGGGCGGCUUUGAGAAAGACGGCUGUGGGGUUUGGGCAGCUAUCCCAUGCAACCUCGCACUCAUUCAUGAACAUUGCGGAGAACGCACAGUAUCUAAGUGGAUGGGCUUUGACGGCUACGAAGAUUGUUGACGAACUCAAAUCUUUCCUGCUUGCUGAGCAACAGGCACAAGAGUGGGAUGUAGUCAACCAGAAGGAGUGGGAGGACAUGGAGAAUCUCAUGGCCGAGGAUCCUGUUGUUGUCGGGGAGAAACGGCGGGGUCAUGUACCGGUUGGUGAUGGACGCAGCUUCCUUACUUCUAUGACGUCGAAUGGAAAGUCUUCGCUGGUAUCGAGGGUCGAUGCAUCGGAAGGAGAGCAAGCUGGGCGGAGGAAAGGCUCGAGCGGGUGGAUGAAGUUGAAGAGCAGACCUGAGGGAUGA